GGCCUUUUGCCUUGGCCUUUUGGCUGAGGCCUUUUGCUGAGGCCUUUUGCCCGAGGCGCUUUGCCUGAGGCGAUUUGACCGCGGCAUUUUUUCUGAGGGUGUUCGACUCCACCAUUCGGACGCCCUCCGUAGGCAGGCUCCCCUGUGUUCUUUGAUUCACAGGAUGGAGAGGAGACCCCCCGCCUGCCCCAGGCUGGCCUGGAUGGAAGACAGCUCUUCCCAGGAGAGCCGCUCUCCAGGUCUGCAGCUUCCAUCCUCCUACGAGGUGACCACCAUGCAGCCCCUGAAGUUGGAUACCAGCUGGUUGCCCAUCUACAAGGAGGAGCAGGAAGCUGUGGAUUCCAUCCUGGCCUUUGUCACCAGCCCCAACAAGGAGGAGAGAGACAAGGCCACAUUUCUUCGGAGCAUCUCCCUGCUGUGCAGAAGCGCCUUGAAGCACGGCCUGACCCAGGGCCUUGAUUUGUUCUGCGACAUGUACCAGCUGGCAGAGAACAUCAAGGCGCUGCUGGAAGAAGAGCCAAGGGACCAGCUGUGCACAGAUCUUCGGCAUCUUUCCAUGCUGGCUCUGGAGAAAUUGAGCUUGGUGGACACAGCGCUGGAGGGCAAAGCCAAAAGCCUCCUCCACGUGUGUUUCUCAAGUGUCUUCUGGCUGCCUGCAGAGAAGGAAAUGCCAAAAGGGGACCUUGCCCUCUAUAUGAAGACCCUCAACUCCAUGGACAGCAUGCUGAGGACAAUGGUGCUCAGCUUUCCUGCCUCUGAAGUCAGCGAGGAGCUGCAGGGCAUCUUGGAGCUGCUGCUGGACUUUACCAGAUGCGAGAGAGAGGCUGUGAGGGAGAGGGCCAUGGCAAGGAUCGAUGUGCUCACCUGUGUGCUCUCCGACUAUUCCACUCUGCAGGCCCAUGCCAUCGUCAGAAGAGGCACUGCUGGACCUGUCUGCUCUGGGGAGAUCCAGCUCCCGCUCCUAGGAAAGCUGCUGGGACGUCUCAUCCUUUUCCGGUUCUCUGAGGAACAGACAAGCUGUGCAGCUUUCCAUGCUCUUUUUGCCCUGGCUGAGUUCAUCUUCGAAUCCAGGCUAAAGCACAGAGCAGACCAAGUCCACCGGGAAGCCGUGACCGCCUCCGCGCUGUGUUCUUUGAGCGCCAGGGACUGUGCCAAGGCCUUUGGAAAAUACUUGCGGUCCCACGAGAGGACAGAUGUCAUCCUGGCGGCCAUUGAGGCAUUGGGAGAUGCCAGCAUCCUCGACCAGCAGGUGCCCAGCAGCCUGCUGGAUGUGGCCUUGGAGGACCCGGUCGUCUGGCUGACGGACGCGCCCAAGAUAGUCAGCAGCAUCCUUGAGAGCCUGCCAUACUGCAGCACACAGGCAGCGUGGGAGAAAGCAGAGUCACUGCUUCACCUGAUGACCAACCUGUACCCCAGCACAGUGGUCAUCCUCCUGUGCAAGGCGGCUCUUCAAGGAGACAGCACUGCGCCGGAGCUGUGGGAGCUGAUGUCCCUCCAUGCCGGAGACGCUGGCCAGAUCUUGGAGGACUUUGCCAACCUGCUGUGCACACAGUGCUUCCGCUGCUCCGCAGAAGGCCCCCGCACCCAGUCCAUGGCUGUGAGUGACCACUAA